GGCUCUUGCAUUCUAUUCUAUUUUUAUGUGUCAGGCUUCCAUAUCAAUUUAUGAAAGCGUUAUUUUUACCUUUUAAGGCCUCAACAAAGCAAUUUGGUUACCCUCGCUUAUCUUUAUUCCAGUCCAACUCAUUCUUGGUUUGCUUUGCAGUUUCUCUCUUCCAGUUUUACAGUUUCUUUCUUGAACUGGGUCACUGCUCUUUCAGUCGUCGGACUUGACCCAUUUCUGGUAAUCAGAGUUCACACAAACUGAUCGAUCAGCUUUUCUUUUUGGGUUGUAAGAUAAUCUGCGGUGUUUUUGGCCUGCAAGAUGUUCUCAUUGCUUGAAUAUCAGAAGACGCCAAAGAAUGGUUAAUAGAGGUGAUCUGGUUAUCAUUGGCAUCUCUGCUGGUGUAGCCCUUGGAAUUUUGAUAGCUGCACUCAUAUUUUUCGGAAUAAGGUGGUACCAAAAGCGUGCCAAUCUUCGACGAUGUGCUAAUGAGCGUAGUUUAACAACUCUUCCUAUACGCACAAAUGGCUUAGGCACAAGCAUCGACCUUAGUGUAUCUCUUUCAACUAACAUACCUAUUCAAGGAUCCGAGAAGGUUAAAAAAAGUUCUCCACUCUCCUGGUGGAAUAAUCACAACAAAGACCGAUUUCCUUCUGCAUCAGGCGUACUUAGAUACUCUUACAAGGAUGUGCAGAAAGCUACACAGAAUUUCACAACAAUUUUAGGACAAGGGGCUUUUGGUCCAGUAUAUAAAGCAACAAUGCCUGCUGGAGAGGUAGUAGCUGUGAAGGUGCUUGCUUCAGAUUCCAAGCAGGGAGAGAAAGAGUUCCAAACAGAGGUAUCUCUGUUAGGAAGACUGCAUCAUCGAAAUCUAGUGAACCUCGUAGGUUACUGUGUAGAUAAAGGACAGCGUAUGUUAAUCUAUGAGUUCAUGAGUAAUGGCAGCUUAUCAAACCUUCUGUACAGUGAAGAACAACAGGUUUUGAGCUGGGAUGAAAGGCUGCAAAUUGCUCUUGAUAUUUCGCAUGGAAUAGAGUACCUUCAUGAAGGGGCAGCCCCACCAGUCAUACAUCGUGAUUUAAAGUCUGCUAAUAUAUUGUUAGACCAAUCAAUGAGAGCUAAGGUUGCUGAUUUUGGACUGUCUAAGGAAGAGGUGUUUGAUGGUCGGAAUUCUGGCCUCAAAGGUACCUAUGGCUACAUAGAUCCGGAAUACAUGUCUACAAACAAGUUCACAAUGAAGAGUGACAUUUACAGUUUUGGGAUCAUCAUCUUUGAACUCAUAACAGCCAUCCACCCUCACCAAAACCUAAUGGAAUAUGUUAAUCUUGCUUCUAUGGCUCCAGAUGGUGUUGACGAAAUACUUGAUAACAAGCUAGUUGGGGAAUGCAACCUUGAAGAAGUGAGGAGGCUGGCUAAAAUUGCUCACAGAUGCUUACUGAAAUUACCGAGAAAGCGGCCUUCCAUCGGAGAGAUUUCACAGGCUAUAUUGAAGAUUAAACAGAUGCGUCUUGAUAAAAGGGAUACCAUGUCUUUUGCAGGUGAAGAAUUUUCACGGGCAGUAAGCAGAAUAGAGGUUCAGCAGGUGGAGCUGGUUAGGCUGGCCAGCACGAAAGAGUAACUAAAUGACAAUGGAUCACCAAAUUUUUGUCAACCUUUUUUCUUUUUCUUUUUGGGCUUGCAUCUCUUCACUUGCCUUCGAAAAUUCUUGUUCAUAGCAUAUAAUAUACAAGAUGCAGGCCAGAGAAUCUAUGAGCUAUGAGCAUUAGCUGAUUUUAUGGUCAGUAACAAAGUGUUGCCUUUU